AAAGGACAGGUAGACAAACAGCUAGGAGCGUUGAUUUUGUCUCAUUCUUUACUAAAGUCAUCGAAGGAGGGAGUCUCUUUUCUCCUCUCAUCAUAAAGGUGUUAUCUUUGCUGAAUUUGGGUGGAUCAUUCGAUAGAGAAGAAGAAGGAUGAGAGGCAUGGCAACGUUUGGAGGGACAACCCAGAAGUGUAAAGCAUGUGACAAGACUGUCUACUUGGUUGAUCAACUCACUGCUGACAACAAAGUCUACCACAAAGCCUGUUUUAGAUGCCACCAUUGCAAGGGCACACUCAAGCUGAGUAACUAUUGCUCCUUUGAGGGUGUUUUGUAUUGCAAGCCCCAUUAUGAUCAACUGUUUAAGAUGACUGGAAGCUUGGACAAAAGUUUUGAAGGAACUCCAAAAAAUGUUAGAGUCUAUAGACCUGCUGAUCAGGUUAAUACCAACAGCAGAGUUUCAAGCAUGUUUGCUGGUACACAAGACAAAUGUGUUGGUUGCAAGAAAACUGUGUAUCCAAUUGAGAAGGUGACUGUUGAUGGAAAAUCAUAUCACAAGACUUGUUUCAGGUGCACCCAUGGUGGAUGCGUGAUCAGCCCAUCAAAUUACGUAGCACAUGAGCAUCGCCUCUACUGUAGACACCACCACAGCCAACUUUUCAAGCAGAAGGGAAACUUUAGCCAACUUGACAAGCAUGAAGAUUCUAAACUGGUGAUUGAGAACACGGUGGCUGAGUAAUGUAGUGUAUAAUAACUUGGGAGAAUGGAUUUCUAUGAAAGAAUUGAAUGCGUUAAUCCAUGCGAGAAGAGCUACCAGGGUGUUUUUUAAUAUGUAAAAAGAACCGUUGCAGAGUUUGAGCUUGUUGCUGCAUUUCAAUUUUGAUUGCAAGUUUUUGUAUGUUUAGUUAUUGGAGAAUUGUUGUUGUUUUUAAGGCCUUUUCAAGAAACAUUGAGGUAAACACAAAAGGAUAUUCUGUUUCUUAAUUUAAAGCUUGGCUUUGUCUGUAUAAGAUGAAUGGAGGAAUUCUUUUUGUCUGUG